AUGGGUAAGAGAUCGAGUGAAGCUGAUCACGGCAACAAGAAAAAGUUCCGAGUUGCUCAUGGGGUGAUUGAGCCAGGGUAUUCUGGAGUCUAUGCUACCUGCCUCAAAAAUAAGGAGGGUCAGUGUCGUAAAGAGUUGCUAGCACUUUUUCAAGAGAAAGCUGAAGAGUAUUUCGACAUGUCUCAAGUGGAAGGGGAAGGGGAGGACGAUGACGACGAGAGUCUUUCAAUCGAAGACAAAAUCAAAAGGGAAGUCAAUGAACUCAAUCAGACAACUACUGUUACCAAGAAGGAACCGUUGAAACCGAUUAACUUGGAUUGCAUGUGUCUUGUUUUCAUCAAAACUAGAAAACCAAUUGACCCCGAGCGAUUAGUUUACGGCAUUGUCAAAGAGCUUGCGGAGACCAAGGUCAAACGCACUCGAGUUACUAAUAAGUUACUUCCAGUCACAUACACCGUUUCGGCGUCAAUUGACCAGUUAAAAUUGCUUGCCGAGAAAGUUUUGAAACCUCACUUCCAUUCAGGAGAAGACCAAAAGCCUGUCAAGUAUGCCAUCCAGGUUGACCGGCGAAAUUUCAAUACAAUCGCCCGUGAAGAUGUCAUCAAGACUGUAGCUAGUUGUAUUGACAAAGCAACAUAUGGACAUGAAGUGGAAUUGAAGAAAUACGAAAAACUUAUUUUGGUAAAUUGCUACAAAAACAGCAUAGGAAUGUCUGUUGUUGACGAUUGGUUGAAGUAUGACAAGUAUAACUUGCAACAAAUCUACGAAAAAGGUUUGGAUAUGUCUCAAGAUUCCAGUCGAGUUAGUUCAGAACCGGCGAAGCUGAAGUGA